AUGCACAUAACAGAUAUAUCAUAUCACAGAAGCAAACUUCCAGUGCAGUAGCUAGUUCAUCAGAGCGUAGGCCAAUAAUAUGGGGAGGUACAGUCUUGGCCUUGUGGUUUUAGGGUUGCUGGCCCUUGCGUUUUCGACCACUGUAAUGGCCGAAACACACGUCGUUGGAGAUUCCAAGGGCUGGGACUACUCCGUGUCGUUCGAUAGCUGGGCCGAUGGAAAGGUCUUCGCUACUGGUGACACUCUUGUUUUCAACUACAAGCCCGGGGCACACAACGUGCUGGCCGUGGACGCGGCGACGUACAGGAGCUGCAAGGUGAGCAGCCCGGACUCGGUGGCGGCGGCGACGGGGACGGCGUCGUUCCUCCUCAAGAAGGGCGCCAACUACUUCAUCUGCGGCGUCGCCGGCCACUGCGCCGCCGGCAUGAAGCUCCGGGUCGUCGCCAACUGAUCAAUCCCUUGAAAUCUAUAUAUAAUACCGACACGAUGGCUGCUACCUGCUGCAGUCUGCACUCUGCAGCAGCAGCCUAGCUUGCUCGGUUUGGGGAUUUGAUCGUAUGUGUAUGUGUGUAAACUGUAGUCUAUAGUAGCUCGAGUGCAACACUACCGGGUCUGCCAUGCUGAUCACCUGGAUGGGCAGCAUGGCUCUGCAUGCUAUCUGCUUUGUGUGUUCUGAAUAAUGACCCGAGUGAGUGCAUGCGCUGUGCGCACCUGUGUGCCUGUGUUGGAACUACUUAAUAUAUGGUUCUUCUUCACCUUUGAUUGGA